AUGAAAAUUACAAAUCAAUGUAAUCAUGAUCAUAGAAUUUGUUGUGAAUGUAUAGGAACAUAUAUCAAGCACGAACUUGAAGAUAAUGGAAAUCUUAGAAUUUCUUGCCCAGAAGAUGGAUGUACCGAAAUAUUAGAUCAAAAAGAUGUAGAAAAAUUUGCAAGUAAAGAAUCGUUUAAACGGUUAGAAACCCUUCGAAAUGCCGAGAGAGCAUCCGAAUCCUAUGUGGGCCAAUUGAAGCAAUGUCCAAAUUGUGCAAGUAGAAUUGAGAAAAAUGAAGGAUGUGAUCACAUGACAUGUAGAUGUGGACAUGAAUUUUGCUGGAU